ACUUUAUUUGUUAGGCUUUCAUAAUCAGAGAGUGAAUUAGAUAUUUUUUAGGAAUCUAAAAAUUAUGCUCUUGAAAGAGUAAAUAUUAUUACUGUUUUAUGUGCUGGCGAUAUUAAUAGUGUUAAAUAAUUGAAAUUAUCUGUAAGCCAUCUGAAAUGGAUGCUAAAGCUGAUGUUGAAGUGAAUCUGCUUGAUGAAUUGCUUGAUCCAGGUGUAGAUGAUGAAUUAAUAGCAGAAUUGGACAGUCAAGAGAAAAAAAUUGCUGCUAAGCCUCAAGUGAGCCCCCAAGCAAAGGUUCCAGUCAAAACAUCUGAAAAAAGUACGACUAAAGUGAAGAAAGUUGUGAAAGCACAAGCAAAAGGAGCCAAACCAUCAGUUUCAGGAGAAAAAAAGGCUACAGUUAAAAGUAAUGCAAAUGGAAGUUCCAUGAGGCAAGUGGUAAUAAAACCAAGUCAAAAGAAUGAAACUUCAAAUGUGCCAAGCAGUAAGGCUCCAGUAAGGAUUGUGAAAAAGAUAGUGCCAAAGACAGUAAAAGCUUCUAAUUCUACUUCCAAACAGUCUACAAAUUCAGUUCCUACUAAAAUAAUACAGAAGACAAUAAUUGUGAAAAAAGAUGCACCAGCAUCUACUGCUAAGGUUGAAUCUGCACCUAAAAGAUCCAUUCCUGCAGGUAUUAUAUCUGCACCAUCAACAGUUAGGAAGUCUGUAAAAGUAGUUCAAAAAAAACCUGCUCCUGCUCCACAAAAUCCACAGCCUGUUGUGAAAUGUGUUCUGAGAGGCACAGAUCAACAGAGCAAAGCCUUGGCCAACAAAUCCUUUUCCCACAGCAAUAGUUCCAGUCGAGAGAAAUCGCACCCAGAGGUCAUGAAAAAGCAUGAAAAACAUGAAUCUGUAGAGAGCAAAAUUAAUUUGUCUGCUGCUUCAGAUGAUGACCUUCCUGAUGAAAAAGAUAAAAGUGAAAUCAAAGAUAGCAAAAAUGCAUGUUUCAGUACAGUGAGUGAUGCAUCAAGUUCCAUUGCAGAUGACGUCACAUGUUCUUGUGGUCGCAGUAGUGUCAUGUCAUCCUCUCCAUCGAUGUCUCGCUCUGCAUCGCCAAGUGCAUCUCCUUCAAAUUCUGAUUCUGAGUCAGAUGAAGAGAGCCCAGGAAAGCGAUCUCGAAAAAGAACACAUUCACCUGUUGUGUAUGAAAGAAAAGGAAGCAAAGAACGUUCUGAGAAGAAGCCAAGAGUUUCAUCAUCUGUUAGCAAGAGAGAUUAUAGCCACCUUCUGAAGUACUUUUUCCGAGAUGCUCGUUUUUUUCUAGUGAAAAGCAACAACCAUGAAAAUGUUGCUUUGUCAAAAGCAAAGGGUGUGUGGUCAACCCCACCUCAGAAUGAAAGUAAAUUAAACCAAGCAUAUAGGACAUGUAGAAAUGUUAUCCUGGUUUUUUCCGUUAAAGAAAGUGGGAAAUUUCAAGGUUUUGCAAGAAUGUCUUCAGAAUCCAGACAUGAUGUCCCUACAAUACAAUGGGUGUUGCCACCUGGAUUAAGUGCUCGAGCUUUAGGUGGAGUGUUUCGUUUGGAUUAUAUUUGCAGGCGGGAGCUUUCUUUCACGAAGACUCAACACUUAUAUAAUCCAUGGAAUGAAGGAAAACAAGUUAAAAUUGGAAGAGAUGGGCAGGAAAUAGAACCAAAGGUUGGGGAAGAAUUGUGCCGCUUGUUUCCAGUGGAUGAAAAUAUUGACCUGAUCUCUGUUUUACGAAAUAUGAAGCGAAGCAAACCAAGAACCUCUAGGUCAAGAGAGGAACGUGAGCGUCAAGAUCGCCGUCGUGCAGUUCAUUCUUCAUCUCGCAGAAGCCCUCCUGAUUCUUUGAGAAGGCGACGUAAGAGGCCAGAAAGUUUUGAUUCUUCAAGACCUAAAAGAAGCCGUCAGGAUUAUCAUGAAGGUUACUACAAACCCAUGUCAGGUAGAGAAAGAUCACCUAUGGAUAGAUACAGUAUGAGAAACAGAAGUAGUGUAGUAAAUGGAAAUUAUGGUGAGUACAUUAGAGAUUAUCAUCACCAAAGAGCUCCAAUGCCACCUAUGCCUUUUGGCCCUCCAUGUAAUUUUCCUCAACCCCCUUUUGGAAUGGAGCCAUCUCCUUAUUAUGAAAGAUCAGUUCAUCAUCAAGAAUUUUCAGCAUCUCGUCCAAGACCCCUAGAUAAAAGAGCUUAUGAAAGAUCAGUGGAUGAUUUCCUCCGUCGCACAGCUCGCAUGCCUAAUCGCAUGGAUCGCCGCUAUAGGGAAAGAAGGUGAAGCUGUUUGGCUGUAUCAAAUCUGUAUAUAUAUGUACAUUAUCACAAAGCCUUGUUUUGUGAUUUGAACAGGAUGUUUCUUCAUAAUAUUCCAUUUAAACUUUAUUUGAUGGACAUUUUCCUUCCACCUGAUUUUUAGAUUAGAGCACCUUAAGAGCAUGAUUAAACAUGCUGAGCAAUUGAAGAAAAAUGUAUUACUGCUAUGUAAUUUUUAUUUCUGUAUCAAAUUUUACAUAUGAGCUAUAUGUGUGUCUAGCCAUCUCAUUUUUUUCCCCUCAUCUCUUGCUGCUAAGCACAAAUAAUACUAUUGUAUGUACUUAAAGAGUUAGUUUUUUACUGUGUGUUUUUAUAGCAAUAUAGGCAAUGAUUAAAAUGUAUGAUUUUCUCAAAUAUUCUGAAUACUUUGUAUUUACAUGUAAUUGAAAAUUGUAUGUUUAUAUGCUGAACUUCUCCCAAAUUAUUUUAUGUAAAUAUACUCAAUAAUUCUUAUGUCCAGACAAAAUCAUGUAUUUAUUUUUUUUAGAUUAUUAUGUGCUUUUGCUGUUUCAGAUAUGAAUUUUGAAUCACAAACUGUCUUUUUUUCCAUUGCCAUGUUUAAAUAUGUUUUCAACUUGGAAUUUAGAAAGAAAGUAUAAAAAUCCUGGCAUAUAUAUUUCAUUAAACAGAGACAUAUUUAUUGAUGAAACAGUUGAAGACUGUUCAGUAUGAAUGAUUGUAUUGUGCUUUAUUGUUACCACAGACAGCUGUAUAAAAAGAAUACAGUGAAACCUUCCUAGGUAAUUCAUGAUUCAGAAAGUUUUUUUUCUUCAUCUGAAAUAGGUGUUCAUAUAGAGAGGCGUUUUUCUAUACAGAUGGUAAUUUAUAUAUUCUGAAAUAGUGGAUACUUUCAGAUUUACCAUCUAGGGACAUCAGUUUGAGAGGUUUCACUGUACUAUUAGGCCAUUGUUUAAUAUGUAACUUAAUUAUAUCAGUUAAAAAGCUUAGUUAUUUAAUUUUUUAAAUAUGUACUAUGUUACUGUUAUUGUAUGAAUUAAAUGGCUAUGAAAAUCAUAAA